UUCGGAUUCUGCAUUUCUCAAUCACAUUUCAUAAACAAAUCCUUAGGGUUUUUGGUUGUUAGCAUCUUCGUGGGAGAGUGUGAGUGAGAAAGAGAGCAAUGGAAAGCAUAACAGAGGGAGUGAACAACAUCAACAUUACCGAUUCCUACAAGAAGAAUCGUAUUCAGGUCUCUAACACCAAGAAACCCCUAUUCUUCUAUGUUAAUCUCGCCAAGAGAUACAUGCAACAGCAUAACGAGGUCGAACUUUCAGCUCUAGGAAUGGCUAUUGCCACAGUGGUAACUGUUGCUGAAAUUUUGAAAAACAACGGACUUGCUGUGGAGAAGAAAAUCACGACAUCAACUGUUGACAUAAAGGACGAUUCCAGAGGUAGACCUGUUCAAAAGGCCAAGAUUGAAAUAGUACUUGGGAAAACAGCAAACUUCGAUGAAUUGAUGGCGGCGGCUGCUGCUGCUGCUGCUGAAGACGGUGAAAAUGGCGAUGCUGAAGAGCAAAACGCAUAAAUUCCCUAAAAAUUACGCUUGAAUCUGUUGAAGAAAUGUACUGCUUAGGAAUUUGCAAUUUUAUUGUCGCGAGGUAGAGGACACGUCCUUUUAGACUGACCUGCAAUAUUGAACAAAGUUCCUUGUUUCUUUUCUCUAUAAAUAGGCAUUUCUUAAUUUCAUUUUUGGUGGGUUUUAUGUAUCAAUUCUUUGUUGAGAUGAAGGGGUUCAUCUAGUGAUCUAAUUUCUAUGAAUUUAUCAA